GUCCCUGGUCCUUCCCCGGCCUCAGAAGGAGGCAAGGCGGUGAAGUCUGCAGGUGGGCGGGCGGGAAGAGUAAAGUUCAAGGUUCGCCGAGGGGUGUGACUAGGUGGCCCUUGCUUCUUACCUCGCAACUCUACAGCUGAAUACAGGGAGCGAGGGGAAAGAUGAAGGAGGAGAGGAGGGACGCAACGCCGAUCACAGACACAGUCAGGCUGCAAGUGAAGAGACGCCCUUUGACUCGCCUCGACGCACUUUGCCGUGGGGAUGCAAACGCCGUCGUGCGUGCGAAUCGGCAGGUGAUGGUUAGUGACCUGGUCGGUGCCUACGUCCGCCUCACGCGUCUCUUCGCAUUCGCUGGACCUCUUAUCGUCCGGCCCUCAACCCCCUGGCUGGCAAGCAUAAGUACCUCGUCCCACUCCCUUCUUCGCCUUCAUAUCGCUGCCUUUGCGCUUCCAGCUUCAUCCCAAGUACACCAUCAACACUCGUAUCUUAUCGUAGUAGCCUCAGGCAUUCGCACUGAAAGCAUACACGCAAGGUGCUGUCUCCGCCCUUCUAGCCUACAUUCCGCAUCUCCUAGCGCACCCCUUUACACCUUCUUCGACACCGGCCUUUGAGAUCUCAGACUAGACUCACACACACCCAAGACAAGACAAGAUGGUUGUGAAUAUGACUUACAAUCAGUCCAUCGCCACGCUGCAGGCAAUGGUAGUGCUCUGGUGGAUGGCCAGUGAGUAG